AUGCCGAGACAGAGUUCAACCAAGAAGCCAGCUAAGCAUUCACCCGAGGGACCCACCUCCGAACCGGAAAAGCCCUCUGUUAAGCCCAAGAAGAUGGGUUCGGAGAUUGACGAUAUUUUUGCAGCAGCGAAAAAGAGAAAGAGAGCCGAAGAGGGCAAAAAGGCCCAUAACAAGAAACCAGGAAAAGUAGAUGCUAAAUCACAUGAUGGGCUGAGGAGAGAAAAUAAUGAGAAGAAAAAAUCUUCGAAAGAAAGCGGGCCUGUUAGGCCCACUUCUCGGUCGAGGAAAAAGACUGCAGAUGGGCUAACUAUUUACACAGAAGAGGAGUUGGGCAUUGGUAAAGCAGAUGCCGGAGGUACCCAUUUGUGCCCAUUUGAUUGCGACUGUUGUUUUUGA